CAUUGGCCGCGGUGAGACUGUGGGGUGGGAGAAGCCUAUGCUAAACGCUGCUUCGUUUUCAAAUUACAAAUAAGGAAAACAACAGUGGCCCAUUCACGAUUCGAGACUCAUACCAGGAAAUAUCAAGAAAUACAUCCACGCCUGGAAAUUCGAAAGAAAGGAAACGUUAUUUGACUUUGAACUAAGGAGACCAACGACUGGCGAGACAGACGUUGGAGAAUAUACGCAACUAGUAGCCUUGUGUAGUUUUAUUUUUUAGGCGGAAUGCCUGCAGGUUACUCCGUACGCAGGAGACACUAAAAGCGUUCAAUUGCUUUUACAACUCUUGAAUUGUCCUUAAGAAUCUGAAGAAAUAAUAUUAGGGUUAACUAUGGGCUGGAUUUUGUGCACCAUUGUCCACAUUUAGUAAUAUACGGAAUUAGGUUUAUCCAACCCACCGAUUUCCUUCCUAAAUUGUAAAGGCUACGGUAUUGAUCCUUUAUAUGGCAUCAACUGAAUAGAGAACAAAACCAGUGUCUACCGCCGGAGUAAAUUAGUGAUUUAGGCUAUAUAGGCAGGUCAGUGCAGGACAGAUUCGCGGAACUUUAUAUGUAGAACGAUAGAGUUUUGGGGUCAUUGUAGCUUAAGUCUGUAUAUGUUAUCAAAGCUGAUCCUCUUGGACUUCUUCUGAGACUGCUCACCAACCAUUCUUUUGAGAAUCGCCUCCGCAGUCUCUUGGAUGCGUCGGGAAGGGAUAAUAGGUUGGGUCGCCGAGGCGGAGUUAUAGGGGCAUGUCGUCAUUGUGAACAAAAGCUAUCUGAAGGUGAUAAGUGAAAGGAAUACACGCGCUUCUCUAGUUUAACCUAGGCUACUUUACUAUCUCACGGAACGUGAACGGAGGGCAUCGCGCGGGCUGCUGGCUGGGCGACCUUUCUUCACAGUGGAAAAGAUUUCACUCUCAAAGGGACUGUAUAGGAGCUUCCGUCCCACGGUAGUUGGUCAACUGCCACUCGUUUUUUGCAACGAACCUUUGCGACCCGAGACGGAUUAUAGGCUCCUAUAACAUUAUCUUUGUGGGACUGCAGACAAUGGGAAUCCGUACGCUCCUUAUUGCGUGUUCGGUGCUUGCUGGAGUGGGCCUGGCCCAGAGGGUCGUGACGGUGCAGAGUGGGCCGCUGGUACGGACGGAGGGCUCCCACGUGACCAUCUGGUGCAACGUGACUGGCUAUAAGGAGGGGGUGGAGCAGGACUUUGAGUGGUCCAUGUACCUGACGUCGGUGCCAGACCGGGAGAUCCGUAUCGUCAGCACGGCCCAGUCGAACUAUGCCUACGCCGUGUACGCCCAGCGCGUCAACAGCAAGGAGAUCUACGUGGAGCGCCUCAGUCAGGAUUCGGCCCUGCUCCACAUCGCCAAGGUGCAGACCAGAGACCAGGGCCUCUUCGAGUGCUACACCCCCAACACCGAUGGCCAGUACUUGGGCUCCUACAGUGCACGCACCAACCUCACAGUCAUCCCCGACUCCCUGUCCGUUACCGCGGCAGCCCAGACCCUCUCAGAGGUAGAAGGCAACACCCUCCAGCUCACCUGCGAGGUCUCCAAGACAACCGCCCAGCACACACACCUGUCGGUGGGCUGGUACCUACGCUCAACCGAGGAUGCGGCGGCUCCAUCCCAAGAGCUGAUCACCUUAUCACGGGAUUUCGUGCUGCGCUCGGGAGGGCCUUACAGGCAGAGGAUGGCUUCCGGGGACCUGCGAUUGGACAAGACCAGCGCCACUGCAUACAGGCUGACCAUUCACAUGCUGCAGCCAGUGGACCAGGGCCUGUUGUACUGCCAGGCGUCUGAGUGGAUACAGGACCCAGACGGAAGCUGGUUUGCCAUGACCCGCAAACAGGGGGAGAAGACACAGCUACGCAUCCAACCCACUGACCGUGACUUCAGCAUACAGGUGAAUGUGGAGCGUCGCUCCUUCACAGCAGGUGAGCCCCUGGAGCUGCGCUGCACCAUAGAGGCCCAAAGCGUUGCCGAGCGCUUCUUCUCCGUGUCCUGGGUGUUCAGCAGCUCGCCGCUUGCCCUCAUCGGACCCAGCGCCGUGCCUGUCCUGGGGCCCAACUAUGUGGCCCGUGAGGCCGCCGGUCACAUGACCAUCCGCAAAGAGGCUCCCAACGUGCACCUGCUGAAGCUGCAGCGCCUUCGCCCCGAGGAUGCUGGGAAGUACCUCUGCCGUGUCAUCGAGAGGGAGAGGACACCGACAGGAGAUUUUAUCGACCGCAGCAAGAGGUCCCGUAAUGUACAGAUCACCGUCCAGCCCCUCCAAAGCAACAUCACCAUCUCCUUGUCCACAAACUCCUCCGAAGUUCAGGAGGGGGGCGUGGUCCAGUUCACCUGUACUGCCCGCUCCUACACCGGCCCUCUCUCCAUGGGCUGGCAGUGGACCGACCAGUCGAGCUCUGAACCUGCCCAGGACCUGGCCACAGUGGACCAGGACGGCAGCGUCCGACCCGGCCCUCGGUACAUGGAACGAGCCAGCUACGGGGAGGUGCGGGUUGAGCGCGUCCGUCCUGCCACCUUCAUCCUGUCUCUGUACAACGCCGGGCCCGGGGAUGAGGGUCAGUACCGCUGCUCGGUGUCGGAGUGGCUUCAGACCGGGACCGAACCAGAACUGAGUUGGGAGAAGAUAGGAGAGAAGUCUGCCACCAAGAGCGUCACCGUCAAGACUGUCGAAUCUUCCUUUGUUGUGUCUGCCUCGUCACGAACGCCCAGCGUGACCUAUGGUGAAUCGUUCGACCUCCAGUGCCUGGUCAAGCCUCGCCACAACCCCCGUGUGCCUGCCUCCGUCACCUGGCGCUUCCUUCCUGCCUCGGCCGGCGAAGGGACCGAGUUCCGUGACCUGGUGACCUUCACACGAGAGGGAACCCUCCAAUGGGGCGAGCAGCUACUGGGCCUGGGCACGCGCACCACUGUGGACCGUUCCCAUACCAAUACCAACUUCCGCCUGUCUAUCACACGGGCAGGAAGGCGGGAGGCGGGGACUUAUCAAUGCUCCGCCCAGCUAUGGAGAAGAAACUAUGAUGACACCUGGAGUAAGAUCGCCAACCGCACCUCCAACCUGCUGGGGAUCAGUGUUCUACAGCCUGUGAACAAGCUGCGGGUCCAGAAGUCCAACCAGUCUCUGGUCUACCUUGAAGACAGCAGAGUCCGCGUCAACUGCUCCGUCACAUCCCAGACCAGCUCCGACUCCCAGCAUGCUGUGUUGUGGUACGUGCGGCAUGCGGCGGGGGCGGAGCAGGACGAGCUCCUCCUGAGGAUCGAGCGUUCCGGUGCGUUCCAGUACGGGGCCUACGCCGACGAAGAGUGGCUUCGCCGGCGUGUGCAGGCCGAGCGCCUGUCUCCACACAUGUACGCACUGACAAUGAACAGGGCAGAGGCCAGCGACUCCGGAACCUACUACUGCCUUGUGGAGGAGUGGUUGACCGACCCUGAAGGAGCUUGGUAUCGGCUGGCUCGAGACUCUUCUGGCUACACUCAUGUCCUCGUCCAACAGCCAGAGGUGCGCCUGCAGAUAGAGGAGGCGGAGUCUAAUGUGACAGUACACGAGGGUGGUCCUUUCCGUCUGGGCUGUAGCAUUCUGUCCCAGUCCUCCCGGGAUUCCCGCUUCUCUGUGUCCUGGUAUGUCCAGCGUUCCUCUGUAGGCCCCGAGGAGGAGGAGGAGGGUGAGGAAGAGGGGGAAGAGGAGGAGAAGGAGUGCGUGUUCUCCAUCGGCCAUGACGCUGUGUUUGGGAAUGGGAACUGCAGCCCAGCGGAGGAGGAGGGGCCAAACUCCCGUCUUCAGUUUGAGAGGACGAGCUCGGACCUGUAUAGUCUGGUCAUCCAGGUGGCGCAGCCUAGUGAUGCGGGCCGGUAUUACUGCCAUGUGGAGGAGUGGCUUCUGAAUCCCCGCAAUGCCUGGUAUCGCCUGGCGACCAAUAAUUCCGGGGUGACCCUCAUCAACGUGCAGCAGCAGGUCUCGACCCUGCAGUCGGUGGUGUGCUCCAAUGACUCUCUCUUCUAUUUCGUCUUUUUCUACCCGUUCCCUAUCUUUGGGAUCCUGCUCAUUGCCGUGCUCCUGGUUCGCUACAAAAGCCGCAACAACAGCAAGAGCCAGGAGGGCAAGAAUGGCGCCCCCUUGCUGUGGAUCAAGGAACCGCACCUCAGCUAUUCCCCAACCUGUCUGGACCCACCUGCUCUCAGCCUGCACCCUGGCUCUGUGGAAUAAAACAAAUGCGACCACAAAUGUGCACACAUACUGCGGACCAGAUCAAUUCCAAACCAUGAAGGGGCUUUUAGCUCUCCUCUGGACCUCAUCUGGCCUAUAACCAUUGUGUUCAAUUAGUCAAUCAACCAAAUCAAUGAAAACAUGUUAACCCCGCUCUAUUCACCGUGGCUGUGAUUGGAUAUACUGUAUUUACAGCAAACGUGCUGUGUGUGUGUGCCUGUGUGUGUGCCUGUGUGAGUGUGUGUGUGUGUGUGUAAAGGGCAAACGGAUGUGUGCGCUAUUUCGUUUGUAAGAGAGACGUCUAGAGAGUGUGCCAAUAUGAACACUUGUUUAUAACCUCGUCCUUUUAGUCUUCUUUUCCCCCUCAAAAUGAUCUCCUAGUUCCUAGCCUGUUGUGUUUCCUCUCUCCUAACAGUUGUCGGUUCUUCACUACAUGUGUAUAUCAACGACAGCUUGUGUGGACAAUUCUAGGAACUCUGGUACUGUAUCAAAACGUCUAAGGAUGAAGUUUUACUCUGGAUCUGAAUUCUGAUCAGCCACUUCUCGCCCCCGGACUUUGUUACCUUGAGGACAGCUCUGCUACCAUUGACUCUGGAUCCGUUGUCUCCUGCACAAAGACUUGCUGUAGGCUGAGAUGAGGUGCGUGUGUGUGUGUUAGAGAGGGACGGUAGAGAAAUGGGAGAAAGAGACAGUAUUUGUUGAGCUCACUUGUUUGCCCUAGCAGACAUGAAGAGAGACGUGGCAAGAGACUUGUACACAUACAUGCACAAAUCUUAAAUGUGGCUGCUUCCCUAUUCUCCUCCUCUCCAGAAAGGGAGAGGGAAGGAGGGAUGGAAGGACUGAACUGCUUUAUCCCACUGUGGAAAAACCUGAGGGAAGAUCUUCUUACUCCUUUCUGUCCUCUGCUACCAAUGGCUGAGGUCUAUAGCAUGGGCGGCAAAGCCGAUUGGCUCAGAAGCAAGCUGUAAAAAUGGCUGCCGACCUCCUGUUGAGGGAUUAUGGGACAGAAAGGGCGAUAUGUACGCUUCUGUUAAAUCUGUUGAUUUGUUCUGCAUAAAUGUAUUGACACAGUGGGAAUUAUGUGCUGAAAAGAAAAUAGAUUCUCACACAUUUUAUACGUUUCACAAAUAUUACAUCCUUCUACUGUCUGUAAAAUAUAUGAAUUGAUCCUACAGAAUUCUACUAAGUCGCUAGAGAUCACUGCUAGAAAUGAAUGCACUGGAGCGGUGGUACAGAGACACACUCUGCUGAAUCUUUUUGGACUUUGCUUAUGAGAAGAAAGAAUAACUUAACAGUAAUGUUAUAGACAGUACAGAAAAAUGUUUGUUUUAGGUGUUUUCUUAUUUAUUUAUGUGAUACUAUUGCUUUUUUAUUUAAUUUUUUUUACAAUUCGUAUUUGCUCUGAAAUUCCUUAAGGACUGCAAUGCUGAUGUUGCCAGGCAACCGAGUCAAACAAAUCAUUCGCCUGUGCUUUGUGUCAAUGGCAACCCAACAACUGGUGGCGACGUAGUAGAUGAUGAGUAGAAAUGCUAGAUGUGUCCUCAGAGCUGUUCCACAAAAGGUUUCAUUCAUUCAGGACUCAGUGGAACACUUUAGAAGUGCUUAUAGACAUGUGCAAAGAUGCCUAGCCGCUUUACAUACAGUGUAAUGUACAGUUACACACAGCCACACACUAACAUGGAGCCUCUGCUAGUUUAGUUUAUUUAUUGAAGAGUGCUGUGUGUGUAUCACUAGUUAGGAUGUCUGAGCUGUGUGGAAGCCUAGGAAGGACUGAGACUGCCCUCUCUGUCCAGCAGUUUUGAACUGGGAAUUGGAGAAGUGUAACAUUCCCGUGUCGGACGUCGAAACUAACCCUGUCACUGCCAGACUGACAAAAACCUUGUCCUUCUCUUCUCAACAAUCGUGUCAAAGUGUAUAUUUGCAUGACAGUGUUGCAGGAGGUGUUCUAUGUUUUAUAAACUUUUGAACUCA